UUUAGCCUGCGGCAGGCUAAACUACAUGUGAACGUUUCACUCCCGCUCGAACCGGCGGUUGAUGUGGCGGACGAGGUGGAAGAUCCAGAACCAAUGUACCUUUCAAGUGUAACCGCUGCGGGGCAGCAGGGGACGCGAGCCGACGUGCGAUGCUUCCGGGUAUCGUCACGGUCAAACCUUCUCGUCCAGGACUUGGACGACAAGUUCGACAUGGUAUUGGGCAUGCCGUGGCUUGCACGCCAUGAUCCAAUUAUCGACUGGGAGAAGCGUACGGUCGUACGAUUCGGACGCCGCGACGUAACAAAGAGCGAUGGCGCUGAUACACCUAACGGUGCAUCCGAACCUCCUUCGGGGACAGUGGCUCGCCCCGCUGUCUCUGGCCGUAGCGCGUGGGUUGUAACGACUCCGGGAUUCGUUGGCAGUAAAAGUGCGUCCGUCAGGGACCAGACACUUCCAAGAAAUUCUCCGCCGUGA